ACCAGAAUGCACACUUUAGAAAGAUAGAUUGAAGUCACUCUCAGGACCAGACACACAAGAGCACAAGCCAAGUCACAGCACAGCCUUUGAACCCCAGGAGAAAAGGACACAUCGACAAUGAAUCUCAACAGUGGUCUAGAAGCAGCCAGUAUGUUGGAUGAGAUGAUAGAACUGACUGCCCAAACUCUGUCCAGGAUGGAGGUGUCGGAUCACUACAGAGUCAUAAAAGAACUAGGAAGGGGAAAAUAUGGACAGGUGGUAUUAGUGAUCCAUCGUCAGCGAGGAACACCAAUGGCCCUGAAGCUUCUUCCAAAGAUGCACAUCAAAAAGCAAAAUUUCCUCUAUGAAUACUGUGUGGCACUCACCCUCUCAGCCCAUACAAACAUCAUUGGCAUGUUCGGAAUUGCAUUUGAAUCUGCAGAACAUUAUGGAUUUCUGUAUGAAGCUGCUCUACAGAGGGAUCUAAUCUCCAUUAUUAAACCAAAAGAAGGAGUACCUGAACAAGCAGGCAAGCAAUGUACUAAGCAACUGGUCAGUGCUCUUGAAUUCAUUCAUAGCAGAGGAUUGGUCUACCGAGAUGUUAAACCAGAGAACGUGCUACUCUUUGGCAGGGACUGCCAACACAUCAAACUCACAGACUUUGGUUUAACUCGGCCCAGAGGCACAAUUCUCAAACUGAUAUCCGGGAUAAUCCCUUAUACUGCACCAGAACUGAGUAACACCAGGAAUGGGGACGGAGUGCCCAUUGAUUUUACUCUUGAUGCUUGGGCUUUUGGAGUUCUUCUCUUCUGUCUAAUGACAGGAUAUUUUCCUUGGGAAAAAACACUUCCUUCUGACCCAUUCUUUGAAGACUAUGUGGUGUGGCAAGAAACAGGCAAUAGCGAAGACUUAUCCCGUCACUGGAAGAAAUUGACUGCAGAAGCAAUGGACAUGCUCAGCAACUUAAUGGCUCUGAAUCCAACAGUGAGAAGCCCCGUCAACAAGGCCUUAAAAUAUUUGGACUAUCCAUGGAGAGUUGACAACUGGAGAGCAAUAGAAGGAUUGGAUUAAUGGCUUCCUUCAUCUGCAAUUUAAAUAUAAUAUGGCCUCAUUGAACCUGAUAUGCAUUAAUCAAGGGCUAUUAUAGUUUAUGUCCAAGUUAAAAGGAGUUUUAGCUUCAUUUCUCCUACAUUGAUUUUACUGGAUUACUUUUCCUUAACUGGCUGUUUCUUUGGCAGUCAUUAUUUUACCCAUUCCUGCAGAUGUACAGCAUUCUAGCCAGUCACACUUAAACCUACACUGUCUCAAGUUAUGAUGGUGUCCACAUUAUUUGUUCAUAUUUAAUAAGGAUUUCAGUAUAGAUUGUGCAAUAGAAGGUAGGUCUUGCAAACUUGCCACUGGAUUUGUAAUUGUAGAGAGAUGAGAAAAUAUGCAAUGUUUAAGAAAAACACAUUGAAUGGACAUUUUAAAUGAAUCCCAUACAAACAAUACUAAGCAGCCAAAGAGGGCAGCUUUACAGAUUCAUGUUAUAAGAUAUUUUUUAUGGGUUAUAAUUACGUAGUUGUUUAUUGCAAUACAAUAGGAUAACUUGGUGCAAUCACCAUGUAUUUGUACAGUAAACACUUUCUGUCUUGUAACGCGCAGAAAAGUGAAAUUCUGCCUUUCUUAAUACUUGUAUAGGUGUCAAGCUAUUCUUAAAAGUAGAAUGAAGGUCUAAAAUUUAUUUUUGAUACAUAGUAUUCAGAAUUGCGCAUUUCUAUAUUAUUUGUCUUGAGCUUCAGAACCACAUAUUGAAUGAACUGUUAAAGAUAUAUUCAGUUUCUGACUUUAAGGGAACUAAACUAGUCUAAAUUAAAGUAUUAUAUGAAAAGUAUAUAUUAUUAAUAUUAUACUAUAGUAUUAUAUGAAAAGUAUAAAACUUGUUGGAGCUAUAUUAAGAUUGAGUUAGACUUGAGCAUCUUCAUCACGGAGUGCAUCAGAGGGGAAAUUUGUUUUUCCUGACUCCAAGAUGGCAAUCGUACAAGUCCCAACAAGUGGAAGAAAUUGAAUAUGUUAUAGUAUAUUUCUACCUGCAUAAGCUUGUUACAAUAAUGAAGUACUGUAUGUGUGUGCAUCAGGACUAUCAAUGUUUGUGAUUAAACAAAUAGGGCAUUAGAUGCCAUGGUUUAGCUGUACAAUACAGGGCAUAAGGACAGGGUGUUAGGUAGGAUUCUAAGAAUUAGGGGUUAAAUUGCAAAAAAUAAAUAAAUAUAAAAGCCUAGUUAAUAGUCAAGGAAUACAGUAGCUGCUCUGAUCCCAGCUGAUGCAGUGGGCUGGCGUCCACCUAUUUUAAAUUGACUUUUAUUGGUUUUGAAAAUUACAUUUAUUGGUUUUGAUAUGUUUUCUAAGUAUACCAUAAAGAAAAAAGAAGAAUGCAAGAUGGUUUGUAAUUAAACCAACUAAUAAAGCAUAACUUUUAUUUUAUGGAAACAAGGAAAUAAAACACAGACCAAAGUUAGUCUGAUACAAAUACAACCAAGUGUGGUCGAUAUUUAUAUUUGUAGACCUCAUCAAUGACGGCAUAUUGAAUAAAAGAUAGCAAAGCUCUGGCUAUUCACUGUAAGCUGAUGCCAUGCUGUCAUUAAGUCAGUGACAGAUUAAAGGGCACAUUGCCAAAUACGAGUGCAUGCCUCAGGUUCACUUUAUCACUAAGUAGAGUGAUGCAACCUAAAUACUAAAGAGGAAUAUAACAGUAUGCAAUGCCAAUGGAAAAGUGACCAUACAUGUGUAUGUAAGAAGAGAAAUUACCGUCACUCAGGACUUUGAUGCAAGCGGGCCAAGCCCUGCGUGUUUAUUCAACGUAACGUUUCGGGGGCGUACCCCUUCAUCAGACUCAGAGUCUGACGAAGGGGUACGCCCCGAAACGUAAUUUCUCUUCUUAUCUAUGCUGUUGGGGGUGCCGAUCCCCUCCUUUGCUGAGAAACCAGACGAAAAUUGACGGGAGAGGCCAGGGUGUGCUGGUGGGUUAUCUGAAUUGGACACACAUGUGUAUGCCCAUUUGUAUGGUAUCUGUCUGUAUGGCUUGUGGACCAAGUGGUUGAAUAACAUAGAGUAUUGCAGUCCAACCUCUCUUCCACUCCUACUGUGCAGCAGCUCAACAAAUAACCCAUAGAAUUUUCAUGAUUAAAACAACAGGCAAAAAGUAUGUUCAGCAUAUGCCCAAUUCAUUGCACUCAUGUUGAACAAAGGGGUAUACUUAUUGGAAGAUGGGUCAAUAAAUUGUAAAUUAUCAUCAACCCUUACUUUAUAUAUUACCUCAAACAUUAGGGACAGCUGAAGAGCCCAAGCUUGAAGUGCUAUACAAAUCGAGAAUUUUUCUCAGCUCCCAAGAGAGGUUUAUUAUACUAAGAUAAAUAAACGGAAUGUCAUAAACCUUUGACAGCAAGAUUAGGCUAUAGAGCAUUGUCCUGUUUUGCUAUAAAAGUGAAUAUAUCAGGCACAAGAUAUAUAUCCAACAUGAUAUCUGAUAUACUAUAAUAUGCAGCAGUGAACUUGUUCUACAAUGUGCAGUGCAUGUGUGAUUCUAAGUUACCUUUCACAUAAUGUAUUUAUCUUGCCAAUAGCCAGUAGCGUAAUGUUCCCAAUCAAAAAGUGAAUAGCUGCUGAGGCUAAUGUUACUAACACAACGUUGAUAAAACAGGUCUAUCAAUUAAUGUCUAGUUCACAACAGCUGAUGGAGCACAUUGAGUACACUCUGAGGAUUACAUUAGGCUCUGCAGACACAUAUUUAAAUCUUCAUCACCUAGAUAUUUAAUUGUAAAACACUGCCAAGGUUCCACCAUUGCUCUGUGUCAGAUAACAGAAUUGUGUGACUUCCCAAAGCUACAAGAUAAGCUUAGCAUGAACCUGGAGGAAUCAAGCGUUUCUUUGUUUCAGGGAAUAAUGGCAAACUUUGAGAAUAGAGGUGUAUUUUCAUUUUUCCUUUCUUUUUGACAUGUAUAUCUAAACAAAAAACAUAAUAUGUCAUCAUAUAAGUCAUCAUAAGGCUAUUCCAUUUGUAGUCCAAGCAGUUUAUGCAGAAAGAGGUCAGGAAAAAGGUACCGGGGGGGGGGCAUGGGUUGGUUGUUACUCUCCAAUAUAUAUUUAUGGCCCCUGAUUAUGCCGACAUUAUGACUUUGAUAUGCUCUAGGCCAUGUAGUAUGUCAUCUUAUUGGGCCAACACAGUACUGAGCUACACAAUGUUCUAAUUUGCACUGAUGGCCUAUGUUAGAAGUUAGGCUUGUACAACAUGCCACAAAUACAUGAUGUGUUCUGACAAUUCAUACAUUUUUUAAUUACAAAUUAAUAGAGUUUAAAUAAACAGUAACACAUUAAACUUUUAUUUAACUAUUUAAAAAACAGUAAUUAAUUAUUAUUUAUUAUUAAUAAAGAGUUUUGGGCACUUGCAGAAUAAUAUGUAUAGCAUGUAGUGUAGAAAUGUGUGUGUGCACAUAUUUGGUGAAGCAGUCACAUUACAUAAAUUGCUCAGUGGAAUAAACCACAGCAGCAAACCAGCCUAGUUAAGCGACAAUAAUGAUAAGCAAAUAUCUGGUUUCUAUGGGUUAUGGCACCAGACUAAAUGUGCACCUUUUAAUUGCCAUAUUUUUAAUAUUUAACUAUUGCUAACUAAAACAGCAUUAAUAAUUUGCUCCUGUUUGUUUCCUAUAUACUGCCUUAAGUGGUCUUCACUGGGAUGAGGAAGGCAAAACUCCCUGUACAGACUACUAAACUAAAAGGGAAGCUUAUAAUUCAUUUGUAGUACAUAUUGUAUGAUGUAGAUAGCAGCAGUCUAAUUUGUCAUUGUUUUUAAUUUUUGUUGUUGAUUCAUAAUUAAUUAUAUAUUUUAUCUGCAAACAGAUUAAAACAUUGUGAUAAUCAAAAUGUCAGAAUAGAAUAAAUAUAUAUAAGAACAGGGUGGGAGAAAAAUAAGUCUUAUUACGACAAUAAUAAUGAUAGCUUCACAGUCAAGUUGUUUGAAAAUAGAAUGCUUGCUGGCAGUGUACUAAUUGAAUUAGUAAUUGAAAAAUAAAAAAACAUUCUUCACUGUGCAUCUUUAUUGUUUAAUUGGUUAUGGCUCUACUACACAUAGCCACCCACUGCAAAACAUUGGGUUUUAGAUGCAGGUAUAUGCAAGGGUGCACAUAACAGCACAAACCAGCCAGGGAAAAUGUAAGAUACAUUUCCAUUAGUGAACAGAAAUUUCAGCCCAAUAAUAUACCCCACACCAACCUGCACGCCCUUACUUACCAGGGACUUUAUGUUUGUAAAUGGUCAACAACCAGAUCAUAGUUGCAGGAGAAUUGUGUGUUGAGAUUAUUACAAGUGUUUUAUUAUUAAGCUUUUUGUUGCAAUAUUUGUCAAAUAUGUAGAUCUUGUGUAAUAACAUUACAAUAAAUUAUAUGGAUCUGCCAGUUUCCCAAA